AUGGGUGGCUUUGACUCUGUGCAGGAUCAUCCAGUUAUAAAGGUGUGGUGCAAUGCUACAAUCCUGAAAGUGCCUUUGCCUCCUUGCUCUGUGCCACGGGGGUUUCACUGGCACACUUCUGGAGCAGAGCCGGGUUCAGUUUUGGGAUGUGGAGCUGCUGCAUGCACGGCGCAUUCGGCAGGGCUUGAAGAAGGAAAAGCCAAGGAGCCCUUGCUUGCAUCAGAGUGCCAUGAACUGCCCAAAGCUGAGAAAUGGAGGAGACAGAUCACUGGGGAGAUUUCUAAGAAAGUGGCCAUCCAAAAUGCUGCAUCGCUUGAAUUCAGAAUUUGGGACCUGAAUGAUGAAAUUAACAAGCUUCUGAGGGAGAAAGGACACUGGGAAUACAGAAUAAAGGAGCUGGGAGGUCCUGAUUUUGCUAGGAUUGGCCUGAAAAUGUUAGAUCAUGAAGGGAAAGAAGUUCCAGGAGACAGAGGCUGCAAAUACUUUGAGGCUGCAAAGGACUUGCCAGGAGUUAGAGAGAUUUUUGAAAGGAACCUUGCAAGAGGUGAGGAGGUGGAGGAAGAAAACAUCAAUGGUACCCAUGAAGAAGGGGCUGAUGAGGAAGGUGGCAAGGAGAGAGAAGGUGAAGAUGGCCAACAGAAAUUUAUUGCACAUUUUCCAGUGCCAACUCAACAGCAGACUGAGGAAGCUUUUGUACGAAUAUUACUUUUCUACUUUUUAAGAUAUAUAGUUGUUUUCCUUUAA